CCGUGGAGAGUGCCCUGGCCGGCCUGCUGCCGCCUCAGGUGGAUCUCGUGGUCAGCGGCGGUCCGUGCCUCGUUGCCUACAGGAGACCCCCCCUACCCGAGCCACCGGCUCCUCCUUCUCCUGCCGCCCCUCCCUCGCCCUGUCCCGACGCGGCUGCCCCUCCUGUCGCCGCGGAAGGAGACGCCACAAGCCGUAGCACCCAAAACUUCGCCUUCGCUUUGACUUUCUUUUGGGUGAAAACUGAUUUUUGGAGAUUUGCGCUUAAUCUGCGGAACUGGACUCUCGGCGAAGUCGCGGCGCCCCAGGAGCCCUAUGAGGCGAGCGCGGAGACGAUGAACCAUCCCGGGCUGCUUUUGAGGCACUUUUUGCUGCUUUUAAGCGCGAUCUGGCUGGCCGUCGGUCUGCAGUGUCGUGAUGGCGUGUGCCCCUAUGGUAAAUGUGUCACCUAUGACAAUGGCACUAGUGAGUGCAGGUGUGAGCCAGGAAGUCUGGGGGAAGACUGCAAACUCAAAGACCCCUGCAGUCCUGACUUCUGCCAGAACGGCGGCAGCUGCUCAUCAGUUGAAGUGAAGGGCACCGUGAGGACCACCUGCAGCUGUACUUCGGGAUUCACAGGGCGCUACUGUGAGAUCCGCGUGAGUGCCCCCUGUGAGCCAGGUCAACCGUGUAAAUUGGAGGACCCCUGUUUAUCUCAGCCUUGCCUGAACAACGGCGCUUGUUCUGCCGCUUCUGGGGGACGCUUCACUUGUGCCUGUCUUGACGGCUACACUGGGGCGCGCUGCGAGGUGGACUACGAUGAAUGUGCUACCGGAGUGACCUGCCGCAACAAGGGCACAUGUGUGAACUUGCCGGGGUCUUACAUGUGUCAGUGCCCCCCUGGAUUCACAGGGAGACGUUGUGAGGAAACUUUCACAUCCUGCUCCCCUUCACCUUGCAUGAACGGUGGGACGUGCCGCUCCACUGGUGCCCUCUCCUAUGAGUGCCACUGCCUCCCAGGUUUUAAUGGGACAGACUGUGAAAUCAACAUUGAUGACUGCGUGCAGCACCGUUGCAAAAAUGGCGGUACCUGUGUUGAUGGACCGAAUACGUACAACUGUCAGUGUACACCACAGUGGACAGGCCAGCUCUGUGAUGAGGAUGUGGAUGAGUGCAAGCUGCAGCCCAACGCUUGUCAAAAUGGUGGCACAUGCCACAAUCAAGAUGGUGAGCACAGCUGUGUCUGUGUCAAUGGCUGGAUUGGUGAUGAUUGCAGCAUAAAUUUUGACGAUUGUGCCGAGGCCUCCUGCACAGAAGGAUCUACAUGCAUUGAUAGAGUGGCGUCUUUCUACUGCAUCUGUCCACCUGGAAAAACAGGCCUGCUGUGUCAUUUGAAUGAUGCCUGCUAUAGCAACCCCUGCCAGACUGGGGCGAUGUGUGACACCAACCCGGUCAAUGGCAAAUAUAUCUGCACCUGCCCCUCUGGGUACAAGGGCACAGCCUGCAAUGAAGACAUUGACGAGUGUGCGUUGGGUAAUAACCCCUGUGAGCACGGUGGUCGCUGCAUGAACACCCAGGGCUCAUUCCGCUGCGAGUGUUCCAAAGGCUACACUGGACCGCGAUGUGAAAUAGACAUCAACGAGUGUUCAGCAAUGCCCUGUAAGAAUGAAGCCACCUGCUUGGACCAGAUUGGCAAGUUCACCUGCAUCUGCAUGCCAGGAUUCACCGGAGUCUACUGUGACAUUGACAUUAACGAGUGUGACAGCAACCCCUGUCUGAAUAAUGGCGAGUGUGAGAACCAGGUGGACCAGUUUGUUUGCCACUGCCCUCCUGGUUUCAGUGGGGCUGUGUGUCAGGUCGAUGUUGAUGAAUGUGUCAGCACACCGUGCCACAAUGGUGCCAAGUGUCUGGACAGACCCAAUGGAUAUGAAUGCAUCUGCGCUGAAGGCUACACUGGUCUGCUGUGUGAGGAGAACAUCAAUGACUGUGAACCCAAGCAGUGUCACCAUGGGCGUUGUGUGGAUGGCAUUAGCACCUUUACUUGUCUUUGUGACCCCGGCUACAUGGGACCCAUAUGCAGUGAGCCGAUCAACGAAUGUCUGAGCCAGCCCUGUCAGAAUGGAGCACGCUGUGUUGACUUAGUCAACAUGUACCAGUGCAACUGCUUGCUGGGUACCUCGGGGGUCAACUGCGAAAACAACUUUGAUGAAUGUGCCAGCAACCCAUGUGACUUUGGCAUCUGCAAAGAUGGCAUCAACAGCUACGAAUGUGUCUGCUCCCCAGGGUAUACAGGUCCCAAGUGCACCGACAAUAUUGAUGAGUGUGCCUCACAUCCAUGUCAGAAUGGUGGCACCUGCGUGGAUGAGCUCAAUGCAUUCCAUUGCAUUUGCCCCGAAGGCUACCAUGGCCCGGUGUGUUACUCUGAAAUGUACAACUGUGACAGCAACCCCUGCAUCCAUGGCCAGUGUCUGGAUGAUGAAAAUGGGUAUAAGUGCCAAUGUGAGCCUGGGUACACCGGAGAGAACUGUGAGCUGCAACGCAACGAGUGUAACUCAAACCCAUGUCGCAAUGGAGGCACCUGUACGGACCUCCUCAAUGGCUUCAAAUGUGCUUGUGCAAGUGGGUUCACAGGUGUUACCUGCCAGAGCGACAUCGAUGAGUGUGUUUCAAACCCCUGCCUCCACCAGGGCACCUGCCUCAAUGAGGUGAACAGAUACACCUGCAUCUGCUCCCUGCCUUACACAGGCCUGAACUGUGAAAACUCUUUGGCUCCCUGUGAACCGAACCCCUGUGAGAAUUCUGGUGUCUGCAAAGAGUCCGCUGACUUCUUACACUAUGUGUGCCAGUGUCAACCCGGCUGGAAAGGUUCCCAAUGCUCUCUAGAUGUGGAUGAGUGUAAUUCUAAACCCUGUCUGAACGGAGCCCAGUGUUACAACACUCAAGGUUCUUACAAAUGCCAGUGCCGCUCUGGUUAUACAGGGAACAACUGCCAAGUCAACAUUGACGACUGCUCUCCAAACCCAUGCCAGAAUGGCGGUUCUUGCAGGGAUGGGAUUGGUCACUUCAUGUGUUCAUGUCUGCCGGGUUUCAGUGGUGACCAGUGUCAGCUGGAAGUUGAUGAAUGUGAGAGUCAUCCAUGUCAGAAUGGAGGCACAUGUACCGACUAUGUCAACAGCUAUGCAUGCAAGUGUACAGCUGGAUUCAGUGGCAUUCAGUGCGAGAAUGAGGUGGACGAGUGCACAGAAAGCUCUUGUCUCAAUAAUGGAACUUGUGUGGAUGGCAUCAACUCAUUCCACUGCCUCUGCCCGGCUGGAUUCUACGGCUCUGUCUGUCAGAAUGAGAUCAAUGAGUGUGAAUCCCAGCCCUGCAAAAAUGGGGCUACCUGCAUUGACAGAUUGGGAACCUAUCAUUGCAACUGUUUAGCAGGUUACACGGGCAGCAACUGCCAGACCUUGGUAAACCUGUGUAGUUGGUCUUCAUGUAAGAAUGGUGGGAGAUGCGUGCAAAAGGGCACCUUUAUACGGUGCGAGUGCCCCAGUGGCUGGGUAGGCACCUACUGUGAUGUGCCCAUGGUGUCAUGUCAGGAAGUGGCAUUAAAGAAAGGGAUCAGUGUGGAGAGUGUGUGCAAUCUGCAUGGGACUUGUACCAAUGUGGGAAACAGCCACAGAUGCCAUUGCCACACUGGGUACACUGGCAGCUACUGCGAGGUGGAGAUAGAUGAGUGUGCUUCAAACCCCUGCCAGAACAAUGCUCGCUGCAGGGACUACCAUGCCAGCUAUGUAUGUGAGUGUUUGCCUGGCUUCCAGGGCGUCAACUGUGAAUUUGAGAUUAACGAGUGCCAGUCCCAGCCGUGUAAGAAUGGUGGCACAUGCUUCGAUCAGCUGGACCACUUCAUGUGCUCUUGCCCGACUGGAACACGAGGGGUUUUGUGUGAGGAGGACAUUGAUGACUGUGCACCAGAUGUCUCUGGCCCUCGCUGCUUGAAUGGAGGCCACUGUGUCGAUGGCAUUGGAGGUUACACCUGUGCCUGCUUUCCAGGCUUUGCUGGUGACCACUGUGAGGGGGAUGUGAAUGAGUGCCUAUCUAACCCUUGUGAUCCCAGUGGCAGCCGGGACUGCAUGCAGUUAGACAAUGACUACAAGUGCUAUUGUCGAGACGGCUAUACAGGGCGUCACUGUGAAUCAAGAGAGGAACCAUGCUCUGUAAACCGCUGCCACAAUGGUGGCCAGUGCAAAACAAUUAGCAGCCCACCAGGCUAUAGCUGCAGGUGCCCACCGGGAUUCUUUGGGAACACCUGUGCUGACAGCAACAUCUCCUGCCACCUCCGCUGUCAGAACAAUGGCUACUGUGUGGUGACCAAGUCUGGUGCAAAGUGCAUCUGCUCUCGGGGCUUUGAGGGUGCGUUUUGUGAAAGCAGUGCCUGCAGCAGUCAGCCAUGCUUGAACGGGGCCACUUGCUUUCCUGUUUCAUAUGAGCCAUACUAUAAGUGCAGGUGCCCGGUGGACUUCGAAGGGCAGAAUUGCGAGGCACUCCAGACCUGCCCUUUUCCAGAGUGCAGUAACAAAGCAGGGGACAGCUGGUGUGACAAAAACUGCAACAUCUGGGAGUGCCAGUGGGAUGGUGGCGAUUGCUCGCUUCACUGGAAGGACCCUUGGCAGAACUGUACACCAGCACUGCGCUGCUGGGAGCUCUUCAACAACAAUGUUUGUGACGAACAGUGCAACACGGCUCCCUGCCUUUUUGACAACUUCCAGUGUGUGAAGAAUGGGAAAGUGUGCAAGUACGACCGUUACUGUGCUGACCACUUCGCUAAUGGUGUGUGUGAUCAGGGCUGCAACACAGAGGCCUGUGGCUGGGAUGGCCUGGACUGUGCAGGUGACACACCGGAGCACCUGGCUGAGGGCACAUUGGUCAUUGUGGUGUUACUGCAGCCUAGCGAGCUUGAGAAGGACCUGACCCAGUUUUUACGAACCCUGGGUACUCUGUUGCACACCAAUUUGCGUGUCAAGAAAGAUUCCACUGGGAAGGCCAUGAUUUUUCCAUAUUAUCGGCAGGAUGGUGGCCAUGCGAGCAACACGGCGAGGAGAAGCCGUGAGUUGAACCAGGAGGUUAUCGGCUCCACCGUUUACUUACAGAUUGAUAAUCGCCAAUGUCUCCAGAGCUCCGAGGACUGCUUCCCAACCACUGAUGAGGCUGCUGUGUUUGUGGCCUCCCAGGCUAUCAUCGACAGACUUCCAUACCCAGUGCUUAAAGUGUCAAGUGAGCCCAGUGAAGUCCAGAAUAAGCAUUUCUUGUACCUCUUGGCAGUGGCUCUGCUCAUUAUACUGGUGAUUUUUGCACUGGGAGUCAUUGUAGCUAAGAGGAAGCGUAAGCAUGGAGCACUUUGGUUUCCUGAGGGAUUCCUGCCAAAGAAAGAACGCAAGCGGAGAGAUCCUGUUGGCCAGGAUGACUUUGGAAUGAAAAACAUUGCUAAAGUCCCCUGUAACCUGAGCACUGUAGAUGGCAGUCCAAGCACCCGAUGGAUGGAUGAGACAUCUGAUCCUGGCAAGUUAAAGACUGAAGGCCAGGCCUUGCUCUCCGAGACUGAGGCAGCAGUGGACAGGCGUCAGUGGACACAACAACAUUUGGAGGCCGCUGAUAUUCCAGUUACGCCAUCCUUGGCCCCAACACCACCUCGGGCAGAGAAAGAAGUGACCUGUGUGGAUGUCAAUGUCAGAGGACCAGAUGGCUUCACGCCCCUCAUGCUGGCUUCUCUGAGGCAAGGUGGUUCUCAAGCCAUCACCGAUGAGGAAGAAGACAGUGAAGAUGCAUCUAGCAACGUCAUCAUAGACUUGAUCAACCAGGGAGCUACCCUAAUGGCACAGACUGAUCGCACCGGCGAGACGGCAUUACACCUUGCAGCGCGAUACGCCAGAGCUGACGCUGCCAAGCGCCUGAUGGAUGCUGGUGCUGACGUGAAUGCGCAGGACAAUAUGGGGCGCACCGCACUCCACUCAGCAGUGGCAGCUGAUGCCCAGGGAGUCUUUCAGAUCCUCACCCGGAAUCGGGCCACAGAUCUGGACGCACGCAUGAAUGACGGCACCACUCCCUUGAUCCUCGCUGCGCGCCUCGCUGUGGAGGGCUUGGUGGAGGAGCUCAUCGGCUGCCAUGCAGAUGUUAAUGCAGUGGAUGACCAUGGCAAGUCAUCUCUGCACUGGGCAGCUGCUGUCAACAACGUGGAGGCAACAGUGGCUCUGCUGAAGAAUGGUGCUAACCGUGACAUGCAGGAUAACAAGGAGGAGACCCCUCUGUUUCUGGCCGCUCGGGAGGGUAGUUAUGAAGCUGCCCAGACUCUGCUGGAUCACUUUGCCAAUCGUGACAUCACAGACCACAUGGACCGGCUGCCACGGGACAUUGCCCAGGAGCGCAUGCACCAUGACAUCGUGCAGCUUCUGGACGAGUACAACCUGGUCCAGAGCCCUCAUGGCACCGGAGGCCAUGGCAUGGGCUCCACCUUGUCUCCCAUCGUGUGUGGUCCCAAUGGCUCCUUUGUCUCCAUGCACCAGGCCUCUCAGGGCAAGAAGCCUAGAAGAAAUAACCCCAAAGGGCCUGGUAACAUCCAGAGCUUGACCAAAGAUGCCAAAGGGCGGCGCCGCAAGAAAUGCCCAGGAGAGAAGAAGGGCCGCCUGUCAGAGAGCUCGGUCACCCUUUCCCCGGUAGACUCCCUCGAGUCCCCACAUGCCUACUUCUCAGACAGCACUUCUCCACCUCUGCUAACCUCUCCUACCACCCCCUUGCAUGCUCUGCCCCUGGCAUAUGCCCAGGGUACGGGCACAAUCCUGCCCCCUGUCAGCCACAUGCUCUCCCAAGGUGGGGCCUUGACUCCGUCUUUGCCACGGUGCUCACCCGAGUGGAUGGGCAGACCCAAGUCCGCUUUCGGCCCUAUGUUUGGUGUCUUGCAUCAGCAUCCCAGAAUGCUCCAGCAGGGCGGCAUGGCGACUCCUGUCAAUAUGAGUGUCGCCAGGGAACCACUACCCCCCAUUGUCACCUUUCAGAUGAUGCCCAGCACCAGCAGCCAGCCGCAGGCCCAGCGACGGCUCCUACAGCAAUCCGUGGAGGGCCACUGUGCCCUUGGCAUGUAUCAGAGCACGGAGAUGAGCCACCCUGGCACCUUGGUGCCCCAGCAGAGCUUCCAGAGCUCGGUAGACAAGUACCCAACCCCUCCAUCUCAGCACAGCUACGUGUCUACCUCUGAUGGCUCCCCUAAUCAGAACAAGCCCGCCACCAGCGAGCACCCCUACCUGACCCCAUCCCCAGAAUCCCCCGACCAGUGGUCCAGCUCUUCCCCUCACUCCACCUCUGACUGGUCGGAUGUCCCCACGACGAGCCCCACACCUCUGGGGCAGCGCCAGCCUGGCGUCCUGCACAUUCCUGAGCAGCAGAGGAAUGGCAUGCAGGUUUUUGCAUGAAGAUCUCAGAAUGAAGAAUUUUUUCCAGGAGCUUCUGUGAAGCACAGCUUUUCAAAGUCUUAAUUUCUGAAGGAUUUGUGUGCGCCACAUGUGCCAAUGCCAGUCCUGCCAGUGAAGAAUUUGUGCCUUGGGACUGGAAGAAAACUGAAGUAUUUUAAAUUGUCACCAGCCUGUGUUAUUCAGGUGGCAUUCUAGGGAACUUUUGCAAUGAAAUGAGUUUUGUCUUCCUAUGUUACUUGGCCCUCGUGCCUGGUGCAUUGGCGCAGUAAUUGCCCAUCUCUUGCGCCACCUUUGGUAGCUAUCUGGCUGCAAUGCCAUGGAUGUUGGUACAGUACCUAUGCCGUGUCUCGGUCCACGAUGGCCCAGCUAGCCUGCCUGCUGCCCGCCCGCGGACCUGGCACUGUAACCACCCGGGUUUCCGGCUGUGCCGUGGAUGUUGGUACGAUGAUGGACAAAGCAGGCAGCCCAGCUGUGGAUGUGGUACGGUUACUCUUUGGCUUUCCUGCCUGUCGGUACGAUUGUGAGCAGCGGGCCUUUGGGUGGGCUUUACUGCUUCUCAUUGGUUCAGAGGUGACGAAUCACAGUGUUAAACCAAACCGGCCGUUGGCUGCAGUGUUUGUGCGCCUUGUUUUGUACAUUGUUGCUGUUUACGACAUUCUAUUUUCAUAAAUACAGUAUAUAUAUAUAUAUAUAUAUAUUUCCUUUAUUGUAAAUGUAUUCUCAAGUGCCUUUUUAUGAAAUGAGCCUUUUUAUCCAAGUGCCACUUUUUUAAUAACCACUUUCUAUAUUUGUAUUUUUUGGUUUUUGUAUUACUUUGCUGUUUGCAGAACUUUGCGGGGUCAUUCAGCGUCACAGUUGGUCUCGUUGCUGCCUUAUGUGUAUUGACCACCUGCUUGCCGAGACACGUCUGUGCUGGGCAUUGCAUGCCCGCCGUCCACGGGUGUAGUCGCUGCCAUGUGCUUAUCCUCUCCUAUGAAGUAGCGCCGUUUAUCAGAAGGAAUCUGCAAUGUUUACCUUGAAAUAAAAUCUUUUCAUAAGGA